UUAAAUCCCCCCUGGUUCAGACGUCGGGCAUUAGCAGGGUCUAGCUGUUGUGGUUCUGCCGGAAGCUAUUUCAGAGUGAUCUUGGUUUAAGGUCUUUAGCGGAACGAAACAGUCGAGAUGUUUCCUCGAAUGUGCAUUAAUCUGGAGAUGUUGCAGUCCAACAAAUCCACGCAGAAGAAGGUGGAGCGCAGGAGCAUCGAAAAGGAAACCAAAGACCCACAGGCCCCACAGUCCAUUCCGUUUAACAGGAAGUCGACGGAAAACCCUCCAAGAUUCUCAUUACGGUCUGAGAGCAAGCUAAGAAACGAAGAGAUCAAAGUGAAGAAAAAACCUGAAAUGGCGACCAAGGUCUCCAAUUUCUCUGAUCUGAUUCAACGAGUGGCGGCUUCUUGUUUGCUCCAUCCACUAGCCCGAGGACGGGACGUAGUAGAAGACCUGGACGAUCAGAGUGAAUAUGAAGACGGUGAGGUCGAACCGUUCGGCGAAGAAGAUGUGGAGGAAGAAGAGGAAGAAGAAGGAUAUAAGGUCUGGGAUGAGAAGAGUAAGGUGGUGAGCUUGGAGAAGGUGACGGAGAUGGAGAUGCUAAUGGGGGAGGUAUUCGAAGCGGUGUCGGCUGUAAAGAGGGCUUAUGUUAGCUUGCAGGAGGCGCAUUGUCCUUGGGAUCCGGAGAAGAUGAGGGUGGCAGACGUGGCGGUGGUGGCGGAGCUGAGGAGACUCGUCGGUCUGAAAGAGAAGUUCCGGAGGAGGGUAAGAGGAGGCGGAAAAGGAGGACCGCUGGGGCUGGUUUCGCUGAGGGAUGCGGUGGCGCCGUACGAGGCUGCAGUGGAUGAGCUUAAGAAAGAGGUGAAGGCCAAAGAGGUGGAGGUGGAGAACUUAAAGGAGAAGCUCCGCAACGUCACUACGACUGGUAGCGGGAAGAAAGGGAGGUUUCACUCAUUUCAGUCCAAGAGGAAAGUCAGUUGCAGUCAAGGUCAAGUUGCAACAGCGCCCGGGCCGGAGCUGUUCGAAUCAACAAUGAGCCAGGUGAAAGAGACAUGUAAAUCCUUUACAGCUCUCCUCAUGUCGCUCAUGCGGUCUGCUCACUGGGACAUCGCCGCCGCCGUCCGAUCUAUCGAAGUUGCCACCAACCCCAACGCCAUCGAAGACCACACCACCGCCAUUGUCGAAGCCCAUCACGCCAAGUACGCGCUCGAGUCCUACGUGUGCCGGAAAAUCUUCCACGGAUUCGACCACGAGACCUUCUACAUGGACGGCAGCCUCUCAUCGCUUAUCCACCCCGAGCAGUUCCGGCGAGACUGCUUCGCUCAGUUUCGUGACAUGAAGGCUAUGGACCCGACGGAGCUCCUAGGCAUCUUGCCAACUUGCCCAUUCGGUAAAUUCUGCUCCAAGAAGUACCUCUCCAUCGUUCACCCCAAGAUGGAGGAAUCUCUUUUCGGAGACUUAGAGCAGCGUCGUUUGGUCAUUGCCGGAAACCACCCGAGGAGUGAGUUUUAUGGAGAGUUCUUGGGCCUGGCAAAGGCGGUUUGGCUACUUCACCUGCUGGCCUUCGCACUGGAGCCGCCACCAUGUCAUUUUCAGGCAACGGGAGGAUCUGAGUAUCACCCUCAGUACAUGGAGAGUGUAAUAAAAUUUACCGGCGGACGAGUGCCGGUGGAUUCAGUGGUGGGAUUUCCGGUUACUCCUGGGUUCAAGCUUGGCAAUGGUUCGGUUAUCAAGGCCAGGGUUUAUCUCGUCCCCAGGGCUUGAGAGUUGAGAUUGGGACUUGGGAGGUGAGGUGGUCAGUGUGCCCAUACUCAUGGCGCACUCGUUCCUUUCGCUGCCGGGGCAUCCCGCAUCCGUAUGACGACUGGUGAAACUAAGUGUACGGUGUGUAAUAGACAUUUAAGACAGACAUAGUUUGGUCGUACAGUAUGAGUUUGGUCGUUGCUUCGUCGUCUUCUAUGGUUCUAUGUAUCUAUUGUGAACUGGGGUUUGAAACUUGAACUUUGAACAUAUGUUUGAAUCGGAAUCUUAUUUAUAUUCACUACUUAA